CCACUCAGUCCGUCAGAGCACAGAUCGAAGGGUCGUCUGUCACUCGUAUUUUUCUGCUAUUUUCUGGACAAAGACACACGUACACCCUUCAAUAUGGCGGGAGGCAUGGACCUGGCCGGCAAGUUACCUAAGCUGAGGGAUGCAGAGGCAGAGGCUGCGCUGGGCAGUGUGUGGGGCGUCUCUGGCCCAGUGGUGACAGCUAAGAACAUGAGUGGGUCGGCUAUGUACGAACUGGUGCGUGUGGGCCAUCAGGAGCUGGUGGGUGAGAUCAUCCGUUUGGAAGGAGACAUGGCCACCAUCCAGGUAUACGAGGACACAUCAGGAGUGACAGUGGGUGAUCCAGUGAUGAAGACAGGCAAGCCCCUCUCAGUGGAGCUCGGGCCUGGCAUUAUGGGUAACAUCUAUGACGGAAUCCAGCGACCCCUGCAGGAGAUUUGUGACCUGACCCAGUCCAUCUACAUCCCCAAGGGCAUCUCCACCCCUGCUCUCUCCCGUUCCAAGAUGUGGGGAUUCCAACCUGAGAGAGCUGUCAAGGUUGGCAGCCACAUUACAGGAGGUGACCUUUUUGGCACAGUGGCAGAGAACUCCAUCAUUGACCACAAGAUCAUCCUGCCCCCCAAGGCUCGAGGCACUGUCACUUACCUGGCUGCCCCGGGGAACUACUCUGUGGAUGAAACAGUGCUGGAGGUGGAGUUUGAUGGAGAAAAGCACAAGUACUCCAUGAUGCAGGUGUGGCCAGUGCGACAGCCUCGUCCAGUGAGUGAGAAGCUGCACGCGAACCACCCGCUACUGACAGGCCAGAGGGUGCUCGAUGCCUUGUUCCCAUGUGUGCAGGGAGGAACCACAGCCAUCCCCGGAGCCUUUGGGUGUGGCAAGACCUGCAUCUCUCAGGCACUGUCCAAGUAUUCCAACUCCAAUGUCAUUAUCUACGUCGGCUGUGGGGAACGAGGCAACGAGAUGGCAGAGGUGCUGCGUGACUUCCCUGAGCUGGAGCUUGAGGUGAACGGUAAGAAGGAGUCCAUCAUGAAGCGCACGUCUCUGGUGGCCAACACGUCCAACAUGCCGGUGGCCGCCCGAGAGGCCUCCAUCUACACCGGCAUCACGCUGUCCGAGUACUUCCGUGACAUGGGCCUGCACGUGUCCAUGAUGGCCGACAGCACCUCCCGCUGGGCUGAGGCACUCAGGGAGAUCUCUGGCCGACUCGCUGAGAUGCCGGCAGACUCUGGGUACCCAGCGUACCUUGGCGCGCGUCUGGCCUCCUUCUACGAGCGCGCCGGCCGUGUGAAGUGUCUCGGCAACCCGGAGAGGGAGGGGUCUGUCACCAUUGUCGGCGCUGUGUCCCCUCCUGGUGGUGACUUCUCUGACCCAGUGACCUCCGCCACACUGGGCAUCGUGCAGGUGUUCUGGGGCCUGGACAAGAAGCUGGCCCAGCGCAAGCACUUCCCCUCUGUCAACUGGCUCCAGUCAUACUCCAAGUACCUGCGUGCCCUGGAGGAGUUUUAUGAUUCACAGUACCCGGAGUUUGUGAGCUACAGGACCAAGGUGAAGGAGAUCCUGCAGGAGGAAGACGACCUUGCAGAAAUCGUGCAGCUGGUGGGCAAGGCUUCGCUCUCAGAUGCAGACAAGAUCACACUGGAGGUGGCUCGCAUCAUCAAGGACGACUUCCUGCAACAGAACUCUUACACGCCCUAUGACCGCUUCUGUCCCUUCUACAAGACGGUGGCCAUGAUGAGGAACAUUGUGGCCUUCUAUGACAUGUCACGCCAGAUUGUCAACCGCACGGCACAGAGUGACAACAAGGUCACCUGGCAGAUCAUCCGUGACUCAAUGGGGCAGAUCCUGUACGAGCUUUCCUCCAUGAAGUUCAAGGAUACUUUUAAGGAGGGCGAAGCCAAGGUCAAGAAGGACUUUGACGAGAUCUACGAGAACAUCCAGCUUGCCUUCAGGAACCUGGAGGACUAAGGCAGCAGUGGUGGCGGCAGCAGCAGCAGUAGCAGUGCCAAGACAGGACUCCCCUCUCCGUCUCCUGUCAUGACGAUUUAUUUUCAUUUUUUUUGAGUCAGUGCUGGUCGGCUUGCUGGACUCAGAGCUGCUGGGGUGGCAAGGGUUGGAACAUUUGUUAGUCAAGCAUAAUUUAGGUUAGUGAGUUAAAACUUACAAAGCACUGUAGUAUGUGUGUGUGUGGCAGGGAUUGAGGCAGGUGAGAACACAGGAACACACUAACAUCACCACUGACACAGGCUCUCACUCACUGAUUGGCUCAAGCAUUCACGUUUUUUUUACAAACGUGUCAGGUGACUUUACAUUCCAACCAAAACCUUGAGUUAUUUGGAAGACUGGAUUAUUCGUACAUGCAUAAUCUGGUGCUCUGUAAGUGAACAGGUUUUGACAGGAAUACGAAGCAAGUUUCCUGCACGUUUCAAAACAAUCCAGGAGUGCAUAGACCAAGUGGCUAGUGAGAGCAUCAGGCAGUGGUGAAGUUAGUACAUUCUAGGGUCCUCACCUGCCUGAAUUACUGCCACAAGCCGGAUGAAUCAUGGCCUCUCAUCACAACACAGCAUCUGACCAUCCCCUCCUGUUUGUUGUUGUUUGAUUUGGGAGGUUAGGAAAUGUACCAGUGCAUAAUGUAGUGUAGUAAACUAGGGUAUAGUAUCUGGGAGACUGAAGUGUGAAGGAGUGUGUAUGUAAGUGUGGGUGUUAGAAUGAAGGUUAUCUAGUUGUAAAGGGAAGGCAUAUGAGUGAGUGUAAAAGAGAAGGGAAGGAGAGAAAGGUAUGCAAAUAAAUAUGGAUAGGAGAAAGUAGUUUUGUGGUGAAUUAAAAGAAAAUAAAACAUGUUAGGAUUUAAAACAGCUGGAGGAAAGAAAAUAUCUGAGUUAUAUUGUCAGCUAAAUGAAGAAAGGAGGAUGUGGGAUUGCAUAAGAAAAAAAAUGACAAUAAAUAAACAGAAAAUGUAAUAUGUAGAAAAGCAGCAGGAACAAAAUGAAGUAAUGAACAUUUUGACUUUCUUAACGAAAAAAUAAAUGAAUAAAUAAAAUCAGUAUUGUAAGGCAAGAGAAGAAAUCCACAGUAAAUAUAUCAAACUAAAGGGUGAGAUAGGCUGUAGAGAGAAUGAGAGGGGAGGGGGGAGGGAGAGCCUACACACAGUAUUGGUGAGGCCUUCCCGUGCAGCACUGCAGUCUCCAGUCACCAGCUGUCCUUGCCUUGUGCUGACCUUAUAUUUAUACAAUGUGAGAGAUUUCGAGUCAGGCAGGAUUCCAUGUACAUAAUGAGCAAGUAUUGUUAUCCUAAGUUGUCCGUGCAAUGUAUAAAAGCCCACAGAAGCCUGCCUCCCAUGCUGGCGGCUGGCUGGGCGUCCCUUUGUUGUUGUUGAUGAUGACGAUUGUCCUCCAGUGUUGUGGUGUAGCUGUAGGGUCUAGUGCCGUGGUGUGGCGUCGCGUCAUGUUGUGUCUGUCACGUCUCGGCCACUCGGCAGAACAAAUUCAUUCUCUGUGCACAAGAACGUCUGAAAAAAAAAGAGUAAGUAAUUAAUAUUGGGGUUAUAGUUGUGCGUACAUUCCAGACCAACUGUAUGAAGUGUCUGUGUAUAUUUGUGUAUUUCACUGUGUAUAAAGAGACUUGGUGGGAA